GGGCCUCAGGAGCCUCCAGUCCGUGAGCAGCGCGGGGUCUGGGCGGGGCCGGGGCGCGCGGGAAGCCCCGGCAGGGCUGCGGAGCUGCCUCGGUGCUGCGCAAUGGCUGUCUCGGUGCCCGGCUACUCGCCUAGCUUCAAGAGGCCGCCUGAGACCGUGCGGCUCCGCCGGAAAAGGUCUCGGGACCAUGGUGCCGCCGUGCCCGCCUCACUGCCGGAGCCCGCGCCCCGCCGCGCCGCGCUGGCGGCUGGGCUGCCCUUGCGCCCCUUCCCGACCGCCGGCGGCAGAGGAGGCGCCGCCGCGACCAUCGCCCGCAGGAACCCUUUCGCUCGCCUGGACAACCGGCCGCGAGUCUCGGACGAGGCCAGCGAAGAGCCGCUCCGCGGUCCUCAGGGGGCGUCGGGCCCGCUUCUAGAUUCUAAUGAAGAAAAUAACUUGCUGUGGGAGGACACAUCAUCUCAUGAAAGAACUGGCACGGAACUGUCCCAGAGUCAACGUGUAUCGUUGUCUGAAUCGGACACUUGGUCGUCAGAUGGUACUGAGUUACCUGUGGACUGGAGUAUUAAAACCCGACUCCUUUUCACCUCUUCUCAACCCUUUUCCUGGGCAGAUCAUCUGAAAGCACAGGAAGAAGCCCAAGGACUUGUCCAGCAUUGUAGGGCAACAGAAGUGACUUUACCCCAGAGUAUACAGGAUCCCAAACUGUCCACUGCGCUGCGCUGCGCCUUCCAGCAGGCUCUGGUCUACUGGCUUCACCCUGCCUUUUCGUGGCUGCCACUCUUCCCUAGAAUUGGAGCUGAUAGGAAAAUGGCUGCAAAGACAAGUCCGUGGUCAGCUGAUGAAACCCUGCAGCAUGCUUUAAUGAGCGACUGGUCUGUGAGUUUCACAUCUCUGUAUAACCUGCUGAAGACAAAGCUUUGUCCCUAUUUCUAUGUCUGCUCCUAUCAGUUCACCGUCCUGUUCCGGGCAGCAGGACUGGCCGGAAGCAGUGUGAUCACAGCGCUCAUAUCCCCUACGACAAGAGGCUUAAGAGAAGCUAUGAGAAACGAAGGUAUUGAAUUUUCUCUGCCUUUACUAGAAGAAAUUGGCCAUAAGAAGAAAGUUCGAGACCCAAGCCUGGAAUCUGAGGAGGAGCAGGCAGUCAGUGACGAAGAUGAAGAGGAGAGUUUUUCUUGGCUGGAAGAGAUAGGCGUGCAAGAUCAAAUUAAGAAGCCAGACGUGAUCUCUAUCAAGCUACGUAAAGAAAAACAUGAAGUACAAAUGGACCACAGACCUGAGUCUGUCGUACUGGUGAAAGGACUCAACACCUUCAAACUGCUCAAUUUUUUGAUCAACUGCAAGAGUUUAGUUGCUACCUCAGGUGCACAGGCAGGUCUCCCACCCACUCUCUUAUCCCCAAUAGCCUUCCGAGGUGCCUCAAUGCAAAUGCUUAAGGCACGGAGCAGUAAUGUAAAGACACAAGCUCUUUCUGGAUACAGAGAUAAGUUUAGUUUGGAUAUCACAGGGCCUGUCAUGCCUCAUGCAUUGCAUUCUAUGAGCAUGCUACUCCGAUCUUCACAGAGAGGGUCCUUCUCUGCAGGACUGUAUGCACACGAGCCAACUGCAGUUUUCAAUGUUGGCCUGUCUCUGGAUAAAGAACUGGACAGAAAAGUUGCUCGUGAGGACCUUGCUAAUUGUGGGCUGCAUCCUAAAACCCUGGAGCAGCUCAGUCAGAGGCCAGUGCUGGGGAAGUCAUCCCUGCGGAGUGUGGAAAUGAGUGACUACAUUUUAAGUUGGAGAUCCUGAACACCAAAAUUCACACAAAUCAGGUGAACAUUCUGUAGUCACUCCUUCCUGAGGAUGCUCCUGGCUGGUUUCUGGAAGACGGUGCUAUGGCAGAAGGAUCUGAUGAGUCAUUUUCUGUAACAUGGACUUAUGCAGUUCCGUCCGUGUCUAUUCGCUCACAUCAGCACACUCACGUGCAAGACAGUUGUGGGAUUAGGAAUUACAAGGACAACUUAGUCCUUAUGAAGAUACAAUUCUGUCAUCUUUGCUGAAAUGUUUUACGGUCAAGACUGAAGAACUAUAAACUUCAGUUAUACUUAUUAAAACAACAAAGACUGAUUUCUAAAAACUACCUUGCCUUUAAAAAAAAGUUACUCAGAAAACAAACAAAAUCUCAUUUGAAGCCCUACUAAAAUCAGAAGGGUCGUUGCUCGCAAUGUCAACCUAAGUACUCACCCGCACUACAAAAACAGUACCCGUAGAUGGCAACUAAGUAGCAUGGCUAUUAUCAUUUGUCAGCUUUUUUUGGCACCUUGAACACUGUCACAGAAAUACAGAUUUGAAAGCAAAUCAA